AUGGACAUGGACAUGGUCCUGGAUGCGGAUGCGGCCAGCUUGUGCAGCAAGAGAGGGAAACGUGCGCGUUCGCCGCGUUACAGCCUCCAGUUGGAUUAUUCAAUAGAUUUCUUCAAAACGUAUAUCGAUACGCAGCGUUUUUACGCCGGCCACAAAUUGGAUUUCAAACAUCAAAGUUGUGCCGGCGGCGCUGCUGGAGUGCUAGGAGUCGUCGGCAACACCAACAGCAGCAACACCAACACCCAGCAGCAACAGCAGCAACAGCAGCAGCAGCAGCAGCAACAGCAGCAACCGUUGCCAGCGAACGGCAGCAACAGCAGCCACGCCCACAGUCACGCACACGCCCUAGCGGCCGCGCACGCACACCAGCUGCACGCGGUGCUGCCGUUGCAACAGCAACAACAACAACAGCAGCAGCAGCAACAGCUGCCGGCGGGCGCUACACCACAUCAGCAACAACAACAACAGUUGCAGGCAACACAACAGCAGCAACAACAGCAACAACAGCAGCAGCAGCAGCAGCUGUUGAGCAGCAACAGCAGCAACGGCGUAGGCGUGGUCACGCCCACAUUGUUAAUAGGCAACGGACCAGGCUCGUCGGGAGCAGGUCAUACGAUAGGCACAUCAGCCGCCGCCGCCGCCGCCGCAGCAGCUGCGGCCGCUGCCAGCGCCGCAUCGGCCGGCGCGUCCCUGCCGCACGUGGCGCCGCACAGUCUAGGGCUGAGUCCGCAAUCGAGCGCCGAUUCGCAGCAGUUCAACAUAUUUCCGGCCAUAUUUAGCCGGCAGCUGAACUUUUCGGCGGCCGGCGCUUGCGGCCAGGCGGCCAAGCUGAGCAUGGACGAGCUGCGUCCGAAUCUGGUCGGUGGCCUGCUCGGCCUGCAGCAGGGCCUGCUCGAGGAUCAUGCCAGCAGCAUGCAGCAUGCAGGCGGCGGCGGCGGCGGUGGCGGCGGCGGCGGCGGCGUACCGCAGGACACGAAAUUCAUGUCGUUCCAGGAUAAUCGCCUGAUGGGCAUUGGCGGCGCACACGAGAACCGCCUGCUCAGCUUGGCCACGUCCGUGCAGGAUACACGCUCGCCGAUCACCACGCUGGACAAGUCCUCCUCCUCCUCGCUCAACCAUCAGCGCAAAUGCAGCAGCACGCCCGAGGACUUCAGCGCCCUCUAUUCGGGCCUGCCCACGCCCGGCAUGGACUCGUCCUCGCACCAUCAUACGCCGGCCCAUACGCCGCCCUCGCGCCUCUCCGAUCACACCAUAUCAGCCGAAGGUGCAUUCAAGAAACUCAAACCGGAACCCAACAGCGGCCUGUCAACGGUUUCCGCCGGCAUCACAUCGCCCGGAAGUGGACUCUCCUCGCUGAGUCAGCAUGCCGGGCAUACCCCAACCACAGCAUCCUGCCCAACGCCAGCCAGACGAAGACAUCGAACCACAUUCACACAGGAACAAUUAGCUGAACUGGAAGCUGCAUUCGCCAAAUCGCAUUACCCGGAUAUUUACUGUCGCGAAGAGCUGGCGCGCACGACAAAGCUAAACGAGGCCCGAAUACAA